AUGUCAAUUCAAACCAAAUUUCGUGUCUUCGAAACGAAGCCCCGGGUAUUCAUCACGUCCGACAUCGCCAACGAGCCCGACGAUGCGCAGUCGCUGGUUCGAUAUCUUCUCUACAGCAAUGAGUUUGACACGAAGGGCAUCGUCGCGUGUACCUCGACUCAUAUGAAACGGCGCGUCUGUCCGGAGGACAUGGUGGAAAUCAUCAACGCGUACGGACAGGUUGUCAAUAAUCUGAACGCUCAUGUGCACCCCGACAACCAGUAUCCAGACCAUAAAGUCCUCCUUGAACUAGUUUCAACAGGUCCAGCGGUAUAUGGAAUGGAAGUGUUGGACUCUGACGUUCCGUUGAGCGAGGGCGCAAAGCGCCUAGUGUCAGCGCUGAAAGAGUCUCCCGAGCCACUCUGGGUGCUACAUUGGGGCGGCGCAAACGUCCUCGCCCAAGCUCUGCAGUACAUCCACGCAACAGAAUCCCCCUCGACGAGUCUUGCCCUCCGCUCGCGAAUCCGCGUCUACGCAAUUUCCGACCAAGACGACUGCGGCGUCUGGAUCCGAACCACAUACCCCGACAUCUUCUACAUCUGUUCGUUGCACGGCUGGAGCCAAUACCAUCUCGCGACGUGGUUGGGAAUCUUCGGCCGCGUCGAUGGUUCUGGGCCAGAUCACUCGCAGUUAAGUCGCGAAUGGCUGGCACGGAAUAUCCAGCAGGUUGGUCCCCUGGGCGCGGUGUAUCCCGAUGCCAAAUUCGGCGUUGAGGGGGAUAGCCCGACGUUUCUUUAUUUGAUUCAGAAUGGGCUUGGUGCGUCUGAGCAUCCCGAGUGGGGGAGUUGGGGAGGUCGGUAUAUCGGGCCUGAUUUGCGGGGCACGGUGCGGCACUAUGCGGAUACUGUGGACACGGUGGUUGGCAGGGAUGGUGAGACGUAUACGAGCAACCACGCAUCGAUCUGGCGGUGGCGAGAGGCGUUCCAGAAUGAUUUUGCGGCUCGGAUGCAGUGGACUCUUACUGAUGAUCCGAAGGGAGCCAGUCAUCAGCCCGUCGUGACGGUCAAUGAGAGUACAGGCCCUGCGCCGCUUGUGCUUGAGAUUGAACCGGGCGAGGUCGUCCAUCUGGAUGCUUCGGACACCUACGACCCAGAUGGUGGAUCGUUAUCUUUUUCCUGGUUCCAGUACAGAGAACCUACGAUGAACCAAGCGGGUCUGCACACCCCGCAGGUUCGAGACAUUGAAAUCGAGGAUACAGAUGACUCGGAGCUAGGGAGGAAAGUCAAACUCCAAAUGCCGCCCGCCGAGUGGUGCGCAAUUGACUUUGUGUCUGGGAAGCCGUUGGGAAAAGGGCAGGAGUUUCACUUUAUUCUCACCGUGAAGAAUAAUGGCACGCCCGCUUUGACGACGUAUAAGCGGGUUGUGAUCCAGAUUGUCAAUCCGCAACUUCGGGGUGGACGGGAAACAGAGGUGGCUACGACUGCAGACUGGUUGGAGCUGGAGGGGCUACUGUGAUUCGGUAGUGUAACAAGUCAGAUCAGGCAGUUUUGAAGGAAAGUCUGGGUAAAAGGAUGGACGGUCCGUGCCUCGCUAUCAACUACAGCGAGCAACCGGUCCACUUCGAGCCGAGGGAUUAGCAGCAGUUGGUCUUAAAUAUAGUUCUCUCCCUAACAGUAUCUCCUGCUGCUUUUUUUCUUUCUGAAUAUCCUCGGAGAUUCCUAUUAAUGU